GCGGCGGCGCGGUGCCAGGCGGAGAGCGGGGCCAUGGGGGCCCGCGGGCUGGACGCGGCGGUGGAGCUGGCACCGGCACCGGCCCCGGGGGCGGCCCGCGAGAGCAGCACAGAAGAGGGAGGGAGGCAUGCAGAUGGCCAGCCUGUGGUGAUCCUUCUAGGUUGGGCAGGCUGCCAGGACAAAUAUCUGGCCAAAUACAGUGCAAUCUACAGUCAGAAGGGCUGCGCCGUCAUCCGCUACUCGGCUCCAUGGAGGAUGAUCUUCUUCUCUGAGAGCUUUGGAAUCAGAUCCCUCCAGACCCCGGCCAGGCGGCUCCUGGAGCUGCUUUUUGACUACAGCAUUGAAAACAGACCAGUUCUUUUCCACGUGUUCAGCAACGGCGGCGUCAUGCUGUACCGCUACGUCCUCGAGGCCCUCCACACUCACAAGCCAUUUAAGAACCUCAAAGUAGCAGGCACCAUUUUCGACAGCGCCCCUGGCAGAAGAAACUUGAGAGGAGCCCUGCGUGCCUUGGCGACCAUCCUGGUGUCCACCAACGUGCUGCUCAAGUAUUUUCUCUUGGUCGCUUUUGCCACGGCGGCCGUGGUGCUGCGCAUCGCCCUGUACCCGCUGACGCGCUUCCUCCACGAGAGCCACUACGACGCGCUGCUGCGGGCGCCCUCCCGCUGGCCUGAGCUCUACCUCUACUCCCAGGCUGAUGCCAUCAUCAGGGCCAGCGACGUGAAGCAGAUGGCUGAUGCCCGGCAGCAGCUCGGGGUCUCUGUGAAAGCUGUGGACUUCUUGGACUCCCCUCACGUCAGCCACAUGCGGGCCUAUCCCACCCAUUACUGCAACCUCUGCUCUGCUUUCCUCUCUGACUGUGUUGGGGGCUCACCUCCCUAGGGGCUUAAUGACCUCCAGUGUUUGCCUCUGCUUUGCUCAGCUUCUGUGGGAAAUGCUUCUUGUGUCUUUGAAGGGAGGAAAGCAGAGACUUCUCAGCUUUUUUUUUGCUCCCCCCUGCCCCAGUCUUGGAGUCUGAGAGCCGCCAGGCCGGCCUUUGGGCCAGCCACGUUGUAGCAGAAAGUAGAUAGGAAUUAAUUUAAAGUCCUGAAGGUGAAAUCCUAGCACAGUUGAAAUUGAUGUGCUUUACCAAGGUGUCACGGACCAGAAUUUCACACAGUGUUAUUUGUUUCUUCCUGUCUCCUGCUCUUCUCUGCUUUCCGUGUUGUCUCCUUGUUCCUACCUCCAAUGUGCAUGUUCUGCUGCCUGGUACUAAUUUUACAAUACAGCUCUUCCAUGUCUGUUGGUUUUUUGUUCUCUGCUAUUUCUUUUAUCCUGCAGUGAGCAGACAGAAGCAGCUCUGCAGGACUUUUCUCUUGGUGCAUCCCAGCUCUCAUUGUACGCCUUGCUGGAGAUUGGGCCCAGAAACCAAGUGUAAGGCUUGGAAAAGGUGUGUGCAAGGCAGCAUGACCAGGCCAUCUGGUUCCAUUGAACAGCUGAGAUAAAGCAGUCAGAGCAGCUCUGAUCCUUGGAAGCUCAAAUGUUCGUGAUAACUUUUGUGUUCUUCAACCAAAAGAUUUAAGUUAACCAUUC